GUAUCGGGAGCCCGGCUCUUGAGCUCAUAAUACAUGAAGUCCUGUGACGUUGAGAGUAGAGACAAUGCUUGUUCGAAGUCAUUGUUGUAUUCCAAAUCAAAGUCCUCAGCAUUAUCUUUACAUAACAAAACCUACGUAGGAAUUUUUGAGAAAAAGAGACGAAUUGCUUGGCAGAGCAAUCUUUUCAAGAUUUAUGAACAUAACUUAUUGGCCACUGCGGGACAUUAUAGCUACCUCUUGCGAGACAACUUCAUUGCUGAUCUCAGCACUGGACAGUACCUUCGAGAAUGGGUAAAAUUAAUACCAAAUACUCAAAUACCACUCGACAAUGAUCCAAUGGUAUCUGCAGUUCUUCACAAUCCAAACAAAGUGCCACAAUAUUUAGAUUGGCGAACGUGUGGUUUUUUAACACCACCUGAGGAACAAUUGGACUGUGGUAGUUGUUAUGCCUAUUCAAUAAUUGGAACAAUUAUAGGACAACUUUUUAAACUAACAGGUCAUGUAUUUUCAUUGAGUAAACAACAAAUAGUUGAUUGCAGUUCAUUAACGGGAAAUUUGGGAUGUAAUGGUGGAUCUUUAAGGAAUACUUUGAGAUAUUUGGAAAAUGUCAAAGGACUUAUGGACGAAUCACACUAUCCCUAUAUAGGAAGGGAAGGAACAUGCAAAUUUCAAGAAAAUUUGAGUGUUAUUAAUAUUACAUCAUGGGCAAUUUUACCAGCAUAUGAUGAAAGAGCAUUGGAAGCAGCUGUAACAACAAUUGGACCAAUUGCAGUGUCAGUGAAUGCAUCACCAAAAACAUUUCAACUUUAUCAUAGAGGUAUCUAUGACGAUCCUGCUUGUGGUACAAGUGGUGUGAACCACGCAAUGUUAGUAGUGGGAUAUUCACCAACGUAUUGGAUUUUGAAGAACUGGUGGGGCUCAGACUGGGGUGAAAAUGGAUACAUGCGUUUAGCAAAAGGUAAAAAUCGUUGCGGAAUUGCCAACUAUGCAGGUUAUGCGAAAAUUUAAUUUUUAAAUAAAAUAUCUAAUAAUCGAAUAAAUUUCGCUCACUUGUCAUAUAUAUAUAUAAGUAGAUUUGUAUAUAUAUAAAGAAAAAUGAAACGCAAAUUUCCAUUGAAACUAAAAGAAACCCGGUUUUUUUUUUUUUUUUUUUAAUUUAAAUCUGACGCAAUAUUGAUUAAAAAUAUCGAAAAACAAAAAAAUUUGUAAAAUUUUUGAAAACUUUUCUAUUAAAAUUAUAUAUAAUUUGUUAAAGAAACAAAAAAUUUAUGUAUAUAAAAAAUAAAUUAAUUAUUGUCUAAUUAAAUGUUAAA